AUGCAUUACACGAACAGUUGUUUAUAUACCCGUAUUGUUGAUUUUCCAUCAACGUCAAAGUCUAAUGAGAACUCGAGCCCAACAAGUCAGGCUCCGUCCAAGUCUGAUGAGGACUCGGGACCCACAAAUCCGUCCAAGUCUAAUGAGAACUCGAGCCCAACAAGUCAGGCUCCGUCCAAGUCUAAUGAGAACUCGAGCCCAACAAGUCAGGCUCCGUCCAAGUCUAAUGAGAACUCGAGCCCCAUAAAUCCAUCACCGUCCAAGUCUAAUGAGAACUCGAGCCCAACAAGUCAGUCUCCGUCCAAGUCUAAUGAGAACUCGAGCCCAACAAGUCAGUCUCCGUCCAAGUCUAAUGAGAACUCGAGCCCAACAAGUCAGUCUCCGUCCAAGUCUAAUGAGAACUCGAGCCCAACAAGUCAGUCUCCGUCCAAGUCUAAUGAGAACUCGAGCCCAACAAGUCAGUCUCCGUCCAAGUCUAAUGAGAACUCGAGCCCAACAAGUCAGUCUCCGUCCAAGUCUAAUGAGAAUUCGAGCCCAACAAAUCAGUCUCCGUCCAAGUCUAAUUGUACUAAGGCCGUGAUAAUAUUGUACCAAGGAUGUGGUAAGGUUGUACCAAGGCCAUCAACAUAUUGUACUAAGGAUGUGGUAAUGUUGAUUAAAAACUGUGGUCUUGUUGUACCAAGGCUGUGA